UGUGUGUGUGUGUGUGAUGCUGAGAGAUGAUCCGGUUGAUGAACACAUGUCGAGCGACUUUUAAUUCUUUUAAUUUCAUCCCUCCGGCCGUGAGUGUGUGUCCGCUCCACAGCGCGCUCAGGACAGGCUCGGGGUUUGUGCUUCAUGCUGUUCUCUUCCCGAAUCCUCUCACUUCUACAGUAACCCGCAGCUGACCUGAGAUCAGCUUGUUUCAUUAUGUUGUCUUCUUCUCAAGGAAAACUGGUGCGUGAUGGUGAGGACAGAAAACCAGUGAUUUGCAUUGAGGGAAACAUCGCGAGCGGAAAGACGACGUGUCUGGAGUAUUUCAGCAAAACCAGCAACAUCGAGGUUCUGACUGAACCGGUUUCCAAAUGGAGGAACGUUCGAGGACACAAUCCACUGGCUCUGAUGUACGAGGACCCGACGAGGUGGGGUCUCACACUGCAGACCUACAUCCAGCUCACUGUCCUCGACCAUCACCUCUCCAAAAUAACGGCCCCGGUCAGGAUGAUGGAGAGAUCUCUGUACAGCGCAAAGUACAUAUUUGUGGAAAAUCUCUAUAAAAGUGGGAAGAUGCCUGAAGUGGAUUACGCUGUCCUGACCGAGUGGUUCGAGUGGAUCAUCAGUAACAUCUCCCUUCCUGUAGACCUGAUUGUCUACCUGCAGACGUCUCCUGAGACAUGUCUCGCGCGUCUAAAGCAGAGAUGCAGACAAGAAGAAAAAGUCAUUCCACUGGAGUACCUGGAGGCUCUUCAUCAUCUGUAUGAAGACUGGCUGAUAAACCAAACCUCAUUUAAAGUUCCUGCUCCUGUUCUGGUCAUCCCGGCUGAUCAUGAUCUUCAGAAGAUGCUCCAUCAGUAUGAGGAGAACCGAGACAAGAUCUUCACCGUGCCUCGAGCUCCAUAAACAGGGACGUUUCUCACACACUUUGUUCUAAAGGCAGUGUUUUGUCCUGUGUGUGUGUGUGUGUGUUUGAUAAAGUAGUAAACAAAAAAAAAAGAAAUAAAUGAUAGUACUUUAUUAUCGUUUAGCUGAGAGUGAAUGAAAUCGAUUCCUGAUUCAUUACAUCUUGAUUCCAUUCAAAAUCUACUUUUGAUUCAUUGAUUCGAUUCAGUGAGUCAAGUUUCUGUAGGAAAUAUAAUAAUAUAAACUUUGACUAAAAGCCUCUUUCUGUUUUAUUCAGACAUUUUUCUUUAAAUGUAUUUUUAUCAUGUGUAAAGGAAUUCUCACCAACGCAUCAAGAUCAUUUAUAUUCUUUUUUCAUUCUAAGUUUAAAUUCUCAGCUACACACACACACACACAGUUUAUUGUCUUAGCCAUACAGCCAUGUCUAUGUUUUAGAGGACCAGUUGGUUUUGUACUUUACUGGAUUUUUUUGUCUUUUCUAAUGAAAAUUAUUUGCAUUUUUUACAUUUUCACAUUAUUAAUUAAUUUAUUUUCUUUUUAUGUCUGUUUAUUAAUUGUAAUAUUGUUUAAUAUUUAUUUUUUUAAAUCAUGAAUCAUUCCACAGCUCACACCAGAGAGUUAAACCAUUGGACACAACAGCAUUGUAAUGAUUUUUUAUUUAAUCUGUACGUAAAAACCCCAGAAUGUUCCUAUAAAAGUGUCACUUGUGUUUGGAGGCCCGUUACAGACCGUUAGAGAUCAGUAGUACUUUAUACUCCUCCUGUUUACGCUGUAAUUGUAAUAAACCUGUGAGAAAUGGA